GAUCCAUAUUAAAACACAAUACGAUCCCUUAACAUCUCUCUCUCUCUCUCUCUGUCUCUCUCUCUCUCUCUCUCUAUACUCAACAAGAUCAUAUAUCAUGUCAUCUCCUAGAGAUAGAGGAAAGAGCUUCACGGAAUCAUCAGGAUCAGAGCCACCGGUGACACCAAGCCGUUACGAGUCACAGAAGAGACGCGACUGGAACACUUUCGGACAGUACUUGAAGAACCAGAGACCGCCCGUGCCGAUGUCUCACUGCAGCUGCAACCACGUGCUUGAUUUCCUCAGGUACUUAGACCAGUUCGGUAAGACAAAGGUGCACGUGUUUGGCUGUAUGUUCUACGGCCAGCCUGAGCCACCAGCUCCUUGCACGUGCCCUCUCAGACAAGCUUGGGGAAGUCUCGACGCUUUGAUCGGACGGCUGAGAGCGGCUUACGAGGAGAACGGUGGAUCUCCGGAAACAAACCCUUUCGCUAGUGGAGCAAUAAGGGUUUAUUUGAGGGAGGUUAGGGAGUGUCAGGCUAAGGCUAGAGGGAUUCCUUACAAGAAGAAACAGAAGAAGAAGCCAACGACGGAGAUGAGUGGUGGAAGAGACGACUCUUCUUCUCCCUCAUCCUCCUCCUUCAACUUCUCUUGAAAGACUUUAUGGAUCAAUAACAUCUCAGAGAUGGAUCAAAGGUAAAAGAGGCCUCAAAUCUACUUGCUACUGAUGAUCAAGAAGUCAAACUGGAAUGUUAUCUUCAACAUAUCUUUGGAUCUUCACCCACUCCUUUCACUUCCGUAGCUAUCGAUCGGUUAUGUAUUUUCAUCAGCUAUAUUCUCUUAGUAAGUUCAUUCUGUAUAAGUGUAUAGAUUAUAUACUUAAGACAGAUUUGUUUUGUACUUCUAUGUCUGCGUACUUCUUUGUCUUACGCAAGUCCAACAUUUUAGCUUGAUUAUGUAUUGUUGGUGAUGCAAUUAAGUCCAAUGAAGAUAAGAAAAACACCUUAUUUUAAAA